GAGUUCGAGACCCCUGGCCUAGUGCAUCCAGUGUCCAUCCUCUGCAUAUGUCCAAAGCAACUCUUCUUUAUCUCUAAACCACUCGACCUGAGCUGUGCAGCUAAAAUGCAAAGUGACUUUUUGUGUUAGGCUGUAAACAUAUUUAUUUCUGCUGAGAGGCUGGGUGUUCUAAAGUGGGUAUUUCUGAAUAUUGGCUCACUGCAGUUUUGUUUUGGUUUUUUUGCAAUUCCAUAUUCAUUCAUUUGUUACAGUCUGUUAUGACCAUGUUGGUGUCAUUCCUGGAACAUAAGACUUAAAACUGCUCAAGUCUCACAGGUGAAUUUGACCAAAUGGUUGUUGUGAUGUCACAACUUUGUAAAUGAUGAAAAAUACUUCAUCUAAAACUAGUCUUAAAACUUUUUGAAACUGUGUUGGGUGUGAGUGAGCGUGAAGUUGACUUUCCAACACAUUUGGGAUUUGUUAAAAUGUUUAUUUUAGUUCAAACUUCUGGGCUUUGUUUGCUUGAACAUAACGAAACUGCAACUGAAAAUGAAAAUAAUAUUGAAAAAGAGGAAGUCAACAAAAAUCACAGCUGACCUUUUUGUCCAGUUUCCCAAAUGAAAUGGAAUUGUUUAUCCACCACAUUCUGACUCUUACACUAACUUUUUGUUGCUCUUUAUAUCACCUCAAUAGACAUCAGAAAGGUUUUUGGAUUUAAAGUGUUUCUGCCAAAAGGUUUUGCAGCUGCUGUGUUUUUCCACAGGUCACAAAGGUAUUACAUCACAUUAACAUGCUUGCAGUGAUGGUCCUGUCCUGACGUUAAUUAUGAUGUUUAAGAACAACACCAUCAUAGUGAUUUCAAAUAAGCCUCACGUUUCAAAUUCCUGGUUAGUACUUCAUGUACUUCGUAUUCAAGCUAAACUGAAUUUGUCUCAUCUGCCACUUUUCUUUCUGCUUUUUGCCUUCAGGUUCCCAUUCAAGAGAUCACAAUGAUUCAAAUUCAUGCAAACCUCAGACAUGCCACCUUUACACCAUGGAAACCACAGCUAAGAGAAGGAUUAAGUCUCUUUUAAGUCUGACCCCUCAACAUAUUUGGGCUUCACAAGCAUUUGAGGGAUCUGGGAAUGAAAAACCGUGAAAAUAUCUGCUCUAUAUUCAUUCUGUGAAAAGAUGAACUAUAUCUGACUGACCAGCAGAUUAUGUAAACAUAAGCUACAUAAAUUCUUCUCCACUUAAAUCAGAAUUGUUACCACAAAAGCCCUGGAAGUUGUUUGACUUGUUGACAACCUUGCUAAUGUAUUUUUCUCUCCUUAGCUUAUGUGAAGCUGUGCAAACUUAGAACCCCGCAAGACUGGAAAGAGAGGGAGGAGAGGAAAAAGAGUGUGUGUAUGGAAGUGGAAAUGGGCAGCAGGGAGGAGGAAUGUAAAACAUCUGAUACUAGUCCAGUUGCUGUUUACACAGUAGUCAGCCCGUGACAUCAGCGUCCAGACUUUAUAAAUGUCAGGCGGCGCAAGAAGGAGCAGUUAGCAAACAGCUGCACUGGUCACACCACACCGUCACACAGUUCACUGAGACAGACCGAGCUCCAUCAGCAACACAAGCCCCCAUGGACCGACAACUGUGUGACUGUGUGAUUGCUUUGGCUGUACUGCUGUGUGUGACUACACAGGUGCUGUGCCAGUUGUGUGACAGGCCAUGCCUUUGCCCCAAUCCUGUCCCUCAGUGCCCCACAGGAGUACCCCUGGUGCUGGAUGGCUGCCGGUGUUGCCAGGUGUGUGCCCGGCAACUAGGCGAGUCCUGUACUGAGAUGUUUCCCUGUGACAACCUGCGAGGGCUUCAGUGCGACUACAGCGCCAGCUUCCCUGGGUUACCUGGGGAGUGUGUCAGUCAGAAGGAUCUGGGCUGUGAGGUCAGUGGGAUCUUUUACCAGGAGGGGCAGUCGUUCCAGCCCUCCUGUGACACUUACUGCCGCUGCAGGGGGGGCGGGGUGACCUGCGUCCCAGCUUGUCCACUGAAUGCUCGUCUUCCCACUCCAGACUGUCCCAACCCACAAUACAUCCGACUACCUGGGAAAUGCUGCAAGGAAUGGGUGUGUGAAAACCUUGAAAACACGGUCAUUCAGGAUGCAAUUACAGCAAUGAAACCGGAUCAGUUAUGGCCAUCUUUGCAGAGGCAUCACCUUCAAAACAACAAGUUUUCGCCUGCCUCCUCUUGUGUAGAGCAGAGCACCCAGUGGAGUGCCUGUUCCCAGAGCUGUGGGGCGGGGGUCUCCACACGGGUUUCUAACCAGAAUCCUGCAUGCAAACUGCAAAUAGAAACUCGCCUGUGUAAGGUGCGACCUUGCCACACUUUCCAGCCGGCCCCAAGGAAGCCCAUGUGGGGACAGAAAGGAAAUUGCAAGGCCAGCUACACGUCACCGGGACCCAUUCGGCUAGUUCACCAGGGCUGCUACAGCACUCAUGCCUACCGAGUCCGUUACUGUGGUCAGUGCACUGACUCGCGAUGCUGCACACCUUACCAAACCAGCACUGCUGAGGUGACCUUCCGAUGUCCCACUGGCAGACUGCUGCAACGAGCUGUAAUGAUGAUCCAGUCAUGCGCCUGUCAUAAUAACUGCCCCUAUGCACCUUUUACAAAUCCCGCUCUGUGGGGAUACAGACCCUGAUCAGUGUGUAAGAGCACGGACUCACUAAAACUAUAGACUUCAGUGAAUGUUUCAAUGGCUUCACAAUAAAAGUAUCCCCAGGUGGAUUGACGUAAACAACAAAUGGACACUGAAAGAGAAUAUUAUUAUUUUAGAAAACUGUGAUUUUGGAUGAAUAUGUCUGCACUUAUUUACAGCUCACAACUUCUGGAAAGCAUCAUUCUGCCAGUUUGUGACUUCAUCUGAGAGUCAAUAGAAAACAAGUAGACGUGUUUUACAAGAAAGGGAGAAAAGAAACAUAAAUGUAGGAGAGCUAGGGACUGUAAUAUACAUGUAUAACUCACAAAGUAAGUUCUAGAAAUACUUUUACAAAUAACUUUCAGAUGUGCACUGAUUUGGUUUCUUUUUUCCUCCCAGAAUUGUUCAGUACAGUGAUCCCCAAUAAUGUUUCGCCUUGGAUAUCAAAAGCAAUAUUUUAAAAUCACUGAAAACAUCUUGACUUUUCCCAAAUCUUUAGGCUAAAGUUAAACACUACGUAGAUAUACUAUAAUUCAGUUUUGGGAAAAUGGAUCAAAUUAAACUCAUCCAAUAUUGUUGAAAUCUGGCCUGUAAAAAGAGAAGCAUGUCACCUAAAAUCUAUAUUAUAACUUAAAGACAGUUGACCAUGAUGUCAACUGGUCAUGAACAUACUUUUAAAGACUGAUUUUUUUAUUUCUAACUUGUAACUUGUGUCUAUAAAUUCAACUUUCAGUGAUGUAGAAAUAUGUAUUUGUUAAAGACAUAACCCACAGAACGAUUACAACUUUUGUAAUGACAAUUUCUAGAUAUUCUCUGACGUGAGCAAUGCAGCUUUUAACUUUUGAACUUUGUGUGUGUGUGUGUGUGUGUGUGUGUGUGUGUGUGUGUGUGUGUGUGUGUGUGUGUGUGUGUGUGUGUGUCAUAAUGGGAUUACAUUGCACUUUCAUUUAUUAUUCUGAUGUAAAUAACUGUAAAGAGGUGUCUCAUGUACAGUGAUUUUUUUAAAGUAUGCCCUGUAUUUUUACUCCCACUGGAUUUUGUGCUUUUUGUGGUUAUUAUGUUUGUACAAAUAGUUACAUUGUUCAAACUGUAGCUUUUAAUUAUGUCACUUCAUCUGUCAUGACUUUCUGCUGCUGAUGAGCUGUUAAAACUUGCUUGUAGCACACCAAUAUACACACUAAAAUCAACAAGAAAAUCCUUUUGCAGCUUUGUGGAUAAAUUUAACUUUUAAUAACUCUUAUUAUGAUACUGGCUUAAUGUGUUAUAUUUCUUUAUUGUUCCUUUAAGGGUUUUUUUCAGUUCACUUAAAAAUACCUAGUAUGCUUAGAAAGCUACAGUGGUAGAUAUAAGGAUGUUGUGGGUUCAUGAGCAGCUGAAUAUAAAGAUACAUUCUGAAAUGAAAAAAGUGAAUGUGAUCUCUAUUAAAAGUCCAAUUAUCUUGUAGCGUCCCUCCGACAGAAGACAGACACGAUCCGUGUUCCGGUUACCGGUGUUUAUUAAGAAUAGUAACAAAGGCUACUGUGGGCCGUAGCCAACAACAAAACGACAGGGAAAAAUGCAGUCUCCAGAAUCAAAACAACCCCCCCUGACUCUCGCUCCUUUUUUCCGCACACACCCACAACAACAUUCUCUAACACCCGCCCCCCAAACACUCUCAGCCAACCACACACAUG